CAGCUGGGAUAGGCUCCAGCACGCCCGCGACCCUCAUGAGGAUACAUUGUCAUAUAUAUUCAUAUAAUAUUUUAAAAUACAGGCAAUGCCGAGACCACCCAAAUCGACGCGCAGUUUGGGGGUCCUUUCUGCUUUUCAGGCGUUCGAGAAAUGACGUAGGGGUUGUUGAUCAGCUGAUUCCGGUUGAACGAUUCGACCAACAAUUCAACACAAUUUACCUGUGAUACGGGAUUUAACACCAAAAGGGAGUGUACCGUCUUCAAGCCAGACACUAUUGACAUGCUCCAUUUGGGCUGCCAUCAUGGACAAAAUUUUGGAGGGCCUGAUCAGCUCUGCUCACAUGCUUCCGGUGAAGAAGGCCAUUGUGAAAAAGGUGGUGGAGGCAGCCGAAAAGGAGGUGGCGGCAGAGGAGUGCCAGGCCUUGUUUGCCGUCACCACUCGUCUCAUCUUGCUGGGCGAGGAUGCCUUCCAGAAGCAGGUGGGCUUCCAGGUCCUGGAGGCAUACGCCCGCUACCACCGCUCGCAGUUUGAGGCCUUCUUCAGCAAGGACUUUGUACUGGGCCUGCUGCAGCAGGGCUACGAGCAGCUAGAUCACCAAGACCCAGCCGUGGUGGACUACAUCCACUGCGGCCUACGGCUGCUCAUCAGCUGCCCCGCCGUGCUGGAUCUGUUUACCGUGGUCCAGGUGGAGGUGCUCAGGAUGGUGUGUGAGCGGCCCGGGCCAGCUGCGUGCGCCCGACUUGCCGCCCUGCUGUCCGACUUUGUGCAGUGCGUGCCCAGGGACAAGGGCGGCGUCCUGUUCUGCCAGCAGUUGGUGAGGACUAUUGGCUACUUCCACUGCUUGGCCAGCCGGGAGCAAGAGCUGGGUGAGUACGUGACUCAGGUCACCAAGGUCAGCACGUUGCUGCAGAACAUCUGGAAGGCCGAGCCGGCCACGCUGCUGCCUUCACUGCAGGAAGUCUUUGCCAUCAUCUCUUCUACGGACCCGUCCUUUGAGCCGUCCAUCGCCCUGGCCAGUCUGGUACAGUACAUCCCAGUCCAGAUGAUCACAGUGCUUAUUAAGAGUCUCACCACGGACCAAAAUGUAAAAGAUGCAAACAUGACCAAGGCGCUCUGCAGGAUGAUCGACUGGCUCUCUUGGCCUCUGGCGCAGCACGUGGACACCUGGGUCAUUGCUCUGCUUAAAGGACUGGCGGCCGUUCAGAAGUUCACCAUCCUCAUUGAUGUCACUCUGCUGAAAAUUGAACUGGUGUUCAAUCGUUUGUGGUAUCCCAUUGUGCGACAGGGGGCGCUCGCCGUCCUCUCCCACAUGCUCCUCAGUUUUCAGCACUCUCCCGAGGCCUUCCAUCUGGUUAUUCCGCACACGGUGCAUCUGGUGCAGUCUUUGCAGGCCGACGGCCUCCCCACCAGUAAAGCCUUCCUGCUGCAAUUUACCGAGCUCAUACACUGCAUGAUGUAUCAGUAUUCUGGAUUCCCAGAUCUCUAUGACCACAUUUUGGAAGCCAUAAAGGAUCUGCAGAAACCGAGUGAGGAGAAAAUCAAGCUGGUGCUUAAUCAAAGUGCCUGGACGUCCCAGUCAAACUCUUUCGCCUCCGGUCCGCUGAGGCAAGCUGGGAAGUCUGAGACGGGCAAGACGGGCCUGGUCAAUCUGGGAAACACCUGUUACAUGAACAGCAUCCUGCAGACUCUCUUUAUGGCCACAGAUUUUAGACGACAUGUGUUGUCGCUGCGCCUGAACGGUUCCAGCACCCUGAUGAAGAAACUGCAGAUGCUCUUCGCAUUCCUUGCGCACACUCAGAGGGCGGCCUACGCUCCGAAGAACUUCUUGGAGGUGUCCCGCCCCCCGUGGUUCAAUGCGGGGUCUCAGCAGGACUGCUCGGAAUACCUCCGCUUUCUCCUCGACAGGUUACACGAAGAGGAGAAAAUUAUUCAGGUAUUGGAAUCGGCCAAGCCAAGCGUUCCCACCGACGCCGUCAACUCAAACGGCAAAAAUGCGAACACUGCGACGUCCCUCGAAGAAGGUGAAGCGUCCUCUCCAAAAGUGGACGACGACGACAGACGGACCCUCAUAGAGAGGACCUUCGGUGGAAAGCUCGUGACGGGCAUCCGAUGCACGCAUUGCGACUGCGUCUCCGAGAAGGAGGAACCCUUCACGGACCUAUCGCUGGCUUUCUGCCCAUCGCGGGAUGCCUCCAAGUCCGACGAGUCCAAAUCUGACGAGUCCAAAGUUUGCCAGGGUUCUGUUAAUGGUGGCAGCGAGACUCUCAUGCCGGGGACCAACGACCAAACCAGCCACGUCCACGCCGUACCAGAGAGCAACGAGCCUUCUCUCUCCGUGCCCGACCUGGUGGACUACUUCCUGGCUCCGGAGAUCCUGGACCAGGAGAACGCCUACUUCUGCGGCAAGUGUUGCAGCCUGAGGAGGGCCGAGCGGACCCUCAAGGUGAUGUCGGCCCCCGAGUACCUCAUUCUCACACUACUGCGCUUCGCAUACGACGCCAAGUGCCACGUGCGGCGCAAGAUCUUGGACAACGUCACCAUCCCGCCUCACCUGCGCCUUCCCGUGCACCGCCCUUCGAUGCCCUCGCCGCCUCCACCACCUGCCUCCUUGCCACCCCCAGUGGACUCCUCGGAGAGCAGCGAGAACCUGGCCAAGAAACUCAAACCCUCCCGUCGAGAUGAGGAAGUACAGUCUGUGCGUUACGCCCUCAGCUCCGUCGUGAUGCAUUCGGGCGUAUCGUCCGAGAGUGGACAUUACUACUCCUACGGCUGCGACAACGCAGCACAAGGGGACGCCACCUGUUCUAAGGAAGACUUGAAUCAAGGGGAACAAGUCCGGGAGGGUCCGAGUGGUCAGGUGGGCGGCGCCGUGCCCCCCAGCGACUGGCUGCUGUUCAAUGACAGCAGGGUGACGUUUGCCUCCUUCCAGUCGGUGCAGAACAUCACCAGCCGCUUCCCCAAGGACACUGCCUACGUGCUCAUGUACAGGAAACAGGAAGCGGUGGGGCAGGACGCUAUUAAGGGGCCGGCGGCCAGCGGAACGAGACAUAGUGCCGAACCGCCGCUGCAGAAAGAACUGCUGGAUGCCAUUAUCAAGGACAAUAAGCUGUAUCUACAGGAACAAGAGCUGAAUGCUAGGACUCAGGCUCUUCAGGCCCCGUCGUCUUCCUGCUCCUUCAGGCCCAACGGCUCGGAUGACAACAACCCGCCAGGGAGUUGCGGGCCGUCUGGAGGGGGAGGAGGAGGAGGGGGAGGAGGUGGCUUUAACACAAUUAGUAGACUGGUCUUCUAAAGCUAAAUAAAAAGCACACAAUGCCACAUACGGAAAAGGGGUGGGGGAACCUUUUUGCUGACCUCAGAGGGCCAUGGUAAAUUCAGGGCGGAAAAAAAGAUUUCAACAUCAAUUUACAGAUGCCGCUUAUACCAUGACAUGUUUCUAAAUCCUGCAAAAAAAAGAUUUGGGAAUGUAACCUUUUUCACACAGAGAACCAUCCAAAUGAUAGCAAAUGAACAAUUUAACACAGAGUUCCAGUAAAAUCAGGCAUUUAGCCUCUUAGGCACAUAGUCAACCAAACAAUUGGUUGAUGCUUGCUAAAAUCUCUAUAAAAAUUCUCACAGUAAUAAAUUAGAGACAUAUUGUAAGCGUUUUCUUGUGACCAAACCCCUGAUUACAGUAACUGAAACAAUAGUUGAAUCAACCGUUAUUAUUGACUUUUUUAAAAUAUGGUUUCAGUCAUAACGGCCCUCCAAGGGAAACAGCAACUACAAUGUGGCCCGUGACAAAAAUGAGUUUGACAGCCCUGAAGAUUGCAAAUUAGCCUCUUUCAUCCAACGAUCCAACAAAAUGACUGCAAAUGUGUGAUUUAUCAUUGAAGCCUCUUUCACAAAGAAAUAAGUAAAUUAGGAAUUUAGAUUCUCCUGUGCAUAAAUUCAACCGAAUCAGCAAGUUAGCCUCUGUUACACAGAGAUCAUAUAAAUUAUGUAUUAUCAGUCUUCAUGUACUAUUUCUCUUUGUGAUGCCGUGUCACUGAAUGGCCGCUCCAUGCUCACACUCACACCUAGAGACAAUUUAGAGUGUUCAAUCAGCCUGUCACACAUGUUUUUGGAAUGUGAGUGGAAACCGGAGUAUCUGGAGAAAACAUACGCACCCGGUACCUCUGAACUGUGAGGCUGACGCGCUAAACGCUGGAGCACCAGGCCACCCACUAAACUAUAUGUGUUGUAAAAACAACCAAAUGAUGUUACCUUAAGAAUAGCCCGUUAGCUUAAUGCUUACAUAGAAAAAUAGUCCCACGCUAACUAUUAGCAUCAAUAGUCACAGUUUUACAACCCUUUAAACUAUGAAUAUUUGAACAGUAAUCGUGUAGAGCAACACAUUUAGACAGAUGAUAUAAUGAUACUCACAGGUAUGUAUUCUUUAUCCUCGAUGUAAAAUGACUAAUCUUACGGAAACUUGCUGAGUUGUUGAAGACCCGGGCUAUUCUCUGUGUCACCACAAGGAGCUGCACACUUGAUUUGAUGUCAGCAUUAAGUCAUGAUGCACAAAUUGUUUAAUUCUUUCCAUUCUAUUUAAAUAUUAUUACUCUGUUUUUAUCUAGUAGAAUAUUACAGAGUGUUUUUCUUAUUAAAAAUUAACAUUUAUGGUGUGCGGGGUGUGGGGCAGUAGAUUAUCGGGAUUUUUCACUCAAUUCCAAUUGGGAAAAAUGAUUUGAGAUGAGCAUGGCCAUGGAACGGAUUAAAGUCUUAUCUUAAGGCAUCGAUGUAUCACUCUGAGAUGGUUGCCUACCCCUGGCAAGAAGCACUGAAAAACUCCCUUAGGACUGAAAAUGUGCUCACUAUUUUUAAUUUAUUGACAUUUUUUGUUGGUGAGAUUUUUUUUCCAAUUAAGAUUAUAACGAAAAUAAUUUGUUUUAAUUAUCUGGUGCAAACGGCAUAUAGCACCGAACAAUGCAUUAUCAUACAGAUAGCAGACCCUCCAAAGUGGAACCAUCAUCAACACCGAAGUCACACGCGACUUACGCAAAUCACACAAAACAUUAUUUCGAGUUCUAAAAGUUUGCUUUGUUUUUUUUUGUUUUUUGUUUUUUUGAGGGGUGAAAGUGUUGGUAACCAUAGAGCAGGAAGUGGAAUCUACUAUGACAUAGGAAUGUGUCAAAUUUUCUAGUUUAAUGUAAACAAGUGCACUUUUUUGUUUGUGAUUUUGCUUUAAAUGUUGAUGAAGGCUACCCAUGAUAGCAAAGGUUAUAAUAAUUGUCGAGAAAGAAUUGGCACCUGAGCUGACGCAAAAUGUCGUCUUAACUGCUCAGUGCAAAAUGAACAAUACAAUUCAAUAUCAAUUCCAUACACAUAUUGCUUUUCAUGGAGCAGAUCCAAAUCUAUUAGCUAUGUUCCACUUUGGAGGUUCCACUCAUUUGCAUGCAUGUUGGUCUGUGGUGUGUUUUAUUUUUCAGAAUGUAUUGAGAUAUUGGGCAUUUGAUAACUUUAAUAUCAAAUAUAUGCAAUAAAUCAGUUUGUCUUAAAA